AUGAAGUUCAAUACCGUUGCUCUUACUCUCGCCACAGCGGGUUCCCUGGUGACCGCUCAACAUCACCACCAGCAUCGUCACCACCAGCACAAGCGCGAGGACGUGGUCGAAUCCAGUGCCACCGUCGUGCAAUACGAGCUGGAUGGAAAGCCGAUUUCUCUCAAGCAGGUGUGCGCCGGUCUGGCUGAUAACACACUCAAGUUUGCCAACAACGACCAUCCUACCGGCAUUUGCGACAACCUGAGCAGCGCCGCUGCUCCUGCCUCCACGCCUGAGGUCACCUCGGCUUUUGCCCCAGCCCAAUUUAUUGAGCUCUCUUCCGUUGUCACCUCGGCCACCCCGACCUCAGCUUCAAGCUCAGAGACGGUCCAGACCCCUGCCGCCUCCAGCAGCUCUGCUUCCAGCUCUUCCACUGCGACCGGUCUGGAUGCCGACUUCCCUGAUGGAGAACUUGACUGCUCUACCUUCCCAUCCGAGUACGGCGCUAUUCCCCUCGACUACCUCAAACUCGGCGGAUGGUCUGGUAUUCAGUAUGUCUCCUACGCCGGCAACUUUAUCAACGAUAUCGUGACGGCCGUCGCUGGUGAUACCUGCAAAGAUGGUGCCAUGUGUUCGUAUGCUUGCCCGCCUGGUUAUCAGAAGUCUCAAUGGCCUAGUACCCAAGGCGCCACUGGCCAGUCUGUUGGUGGUAUUGAGUGCCGUAACGGAAAACUCCACCUUACCAAUCCUUCUCUCUCGAAGAAGCUCUGCAUUCCGGGUGUUGGAGGUGUCCACGUUCAGAACACUCUGGGCGAAACUGUGGCUGUUUGCCGUACUGACUAUCCUGGCACGGAAUCCGAGACCAUUCCCAUCGGCCUUGGUGGCAAUGACCUCCAGCCCUUGACCUGCCCCGACGGCGAAACCUACUACAAGUGGCAGGGCAAGACAACUUCUGCCCAGUAUUACGUCAACCCUAAAGGCGUUACCCCUGAGAAAGGUUGCCAGUGGGGCGAUGGCACUCAGCCUAUCGGUAACUGGGCUCCCGUCAACCUUGGUGUCGGCCUGAACAAGGGCAAAUGGCUCUCCAUCUUCCAGAACAGCCCCACAACUUCCGAAAAGCUUGACUUUAACAUUAAGAUUAAAGGUGAUAACCUCAGCGGCUCCUGCAAGUACGAAAAUGGUGUCUUCUACUCCGAGACCGGUAGCAGCAGCUCUGGAUGCACUGUCCAAGUCAUGUCUGGCGAUGCCACCUUUGUCUUCUACUAG